UUAGGGCUUCCAAAGGCCUUCCGCGUUCUUCGUGAGUGUGAUCUUCGUCUUCUUCGCGCUCUUGCCUCGAUCGAUGGGCUAAAAUCCGGCACUGGAGGAGCUCUGUCUUGUUCCCUGGCCGAUCGUCAGCGCGUUUGGAGGCAACGCAGGUGAAAAUCCGGGAUUCUAGCGCGUGAAAGAGGGGGAAUGGGGGAGGAUUCGCGAGCAGCGCCGGCAACGCCCGUGACGAUGGCGUUUGAUUCGCUCAGCCGCAGCGUGAGCUCCUCGGUGGUGACUGAGAGGACGGGCGAUAGCAACGCUGGGGAGGAAUGCGCGGCCGGGGCUGGGGUUUUCUUCAAUGGCGCUGGCGCUGGCGCUGGAGCUGGCGCUGGAGCUAGCCGCGCCAAUUCGUGUAGCAAUAGCAGCAGCCAGAGCAGCACCAAGAUCCACGAGCACGAUUACAUUGGCUCCUCGUCCAUCAGCGUGGACAAGCCCGAGGAUCGCUGCGGCGGGGCGGCAGCCAUGGUUGAGGAUCCAGAUCUGAGCCUGGGGCUGGGAUUGGGGCCGGCUCCCAGGAGCAAGGAGGCGCUGGACAGCGCGGGCGAGACGACGAGGGAGAGAUCUCUCUUCCAGGAGGUGAAAUUGAAGCUCCCCAGCGCUGGAUCCAAGAGGGGCUACUCGGAGACUGUGGAGGCGGUGGAUCUCGUCAAAGGUAUGGGCUCCAAGAUGCUACCAGCGAUGUUUCCAUGGAGUAGCUCUUCCGCCAAGAACAACAACACUACCGCCGCCACCACCACUACCACCACCAACGCCGCCACCACCAAAACAUGGAGGCCAAUUCAUGAUCCACACAGGACCACUUUCACGCCUUUCCAGAGAAAAGAUUCCUCCUCUUCGUCUCUCAGUCACUUCUCGUGCCUGAACCAAGGCGAAGAAACUCCAUCCUCAAGUGGUCCGAUGGUUGGGUGGCCGCCAGUUCAGUCCUUUAGGAAGAACACGUUGGUUGCACCAGCACAAACUGUAAAGCAGGCCGCGGAGCUCGCGACUCCGGAUCAAGGCAGUAAUGGUGGCCAAGCAGCAGCGAGCAACAACUCACUCUUUGUCAAGGUGUACAUGGACGGCCUCCCGAUCGGCCGGAAAGUGGAUCUGGAUUCCAACAACAGCUACGUGAAGCUCUCCUCGGCUCUCAAGGAUAUGUUUAGCGGAUUCGUGAGCGGCCAGCCGAUGUCCAAACAAAAAUCGUCUGGAGAUGUCCGGAGCCUCUUUGAUGGAUAUGAGACGGAGUACGUCCUGACUUACGAGGACAAAGACGGGGAUUUGAUGCUCGUUGGCGAUGUUCCAUGGAGGAUGUUUGCAGCGACUGUGAAAAGGCUACGGAUCAUGAAGGGGUCUGACGCAAUUGGUCUUGGUGUUCCGAGAGAAGCCGAGGCUACAAGCUGACGAAGUAAAAUCUUGAGGAAGACAAAAAAACCGCUAAAAAAACGAAAGAGAAAAGAAGAAGAAGAAAAAAAAAAAAAACAGGGAAACACAAAGAAGCAUUUUUGAAGACGUCUAUAGCUGCUAAAUAGCUGUGCCAUGAGAAGGGUCGGGGAAUCAAAGCUGGAAAAUUUGCGCUACGAAGAAAAGGGGUGGUUUUGCAGUCUCGCUCUUUCCCUCUUUCUCUCUCGCUCUCUCUCGCUCGUUUCCAAUAAGGACCAAGAACAGUGGCUCCCCUCUUUACUUUCUCUCUUGUACAUGGAAACAAAAUCCUCGCUUUUUUUCUACCUUUGUUGAAAAAUCUCCACAGAGCAACGCGGAGAAAAUUAACGCAAGAAAAAAAAAAGGAGAGAAGAAAGAAGGGGAGUGUAUUUUUCUUUUUUGACGCGAACAACGUGAUAAAGUGUAAUGUUUUAGCGCAUAUAACAUUGGUUUGUAACA